AUGGACUUGUUGGGGUCGGACUUACCUAUUGAGAGUGAUGAAGGAAUAAAGUUUGCGUGGUCUGAUGGAAUCCUAUUGCAGGCUUUAAAGGAAGGUUGUUGGGUUUUGCUUGAUGAACAUAAUCUUGCUCCACAAUCUGUGUUAGAGGGUUUGAAUGCUAUUCUGGAUCACCGAGCUGAAGUCUUUAUUCCGGAGCUGGGUUGCACCUUUAAGUGUCCCUCAUCUUUUAGAGUUUUUGCAUGUCAAAAUCCUUCGCAUCAAGGUGGUGGCAGAAAAGGCCUUCCAAAAUCCUUUCUCAACCGUUUCACUAAGGUUUAUGUGGAUGAGUUAGCUGAGGGUGACUAUCUUUUCAUCUGUAGUUCGCUUUAUCCAUCAAUCCCCAGGUCCAUACUAAUAAAACUGAUAUCAUUUAACAAACGAUUGCAUGAAGAGACAAUGUUGUAUCACAAAUUUGCUCAGGAUGGCUCACCUUGGGAGUUUAAUCUACGUGAUGUGAUUCGGUCAUGUCAGAUCAUACAAGGUGCAGUGGAGAACUUGAGAGAUUAUUCCUUCCUCAACAUUCUUUAUAUUCAAAGAAUGCGUACAGAAGUUGACCGCAGAGAGGUCAUACAGCUCUUUGAGCAGGUUUUUGAGGUGAAGUCAUUUAUAAAUCCUUACCCACGGGUUCAGCUUAAUUCCCAGUACUUAAUUGUGGGGAACACUGCCAUUAAAAGGAACCUUUUUCAAUCAUCUAAAAUUUCAAGCAGUCAGCUUAAAGUUAUGCCUGAAAUUCGUCAAUGUUUAGAAGCUGCUGCACAUUGUAUUCAGCAUCAAUGGCUGUCCAUUUUGAUUGGUCAAUCAUCAUCUGGUAAGACUUCGUUGAUAAGGUUACUUGCUCAGCUUACUGGCAAUGUACUAAAUGAAUUAAAUCUUUCGGCUGCAACUGAUAUAUCUGAGUUACUUGGAUGCUUUGAGCAAUAUGAUGCUUCCCGAAAUUUUCGAUUUGUUGUUGAUCAAGUUGAGUGCUAUGUUAAGGAGUAUUAUAGUUUGCAAUUGGAGUCCUCGAAGGAAGCAUCUAUUAGUGAAAGAAAUGAUCAGUUAAUAGCCAAAUGUAUUGCUUUAAAAAGCAUGGAUUGUAACUUUUUAUCAGGCUCUACUGAGCAUGCAGAGAAGGGGAAGAGAAUCACCGAUUCCCUGAGUUUGUUAGUUGAGAUCAUUGAACAACUAAAGGAUCUUAAGAAAAAUGAUCUACCUCUGUCAUGGUCGAUCAGGGAUCUUGAUAGAGCCAUGAAGACAAUUUUAAAGUUGCAAGAGGAUUAUCAGAAAAGGUCUUUUUCUGCGAAGUUUGAAUGGGUUAUGGGACCUCUGAUAAAAGCUAUUGAACGUGGAGAAUGGAUUGUUCUAGAGAAUGCAAAUCUUUGUAAUCCCACGGUUCUUGAUAGACUCAACUCUUUAGUGGAGCCUUCUGGAUCAAUUACACUUAAUGAGUGUGGAAUUGUUGAUGGAAAACCAGUGGUUCUUCAUCCACACCCUAAUUUUCGGAUGUUCCUCACAGUUAACCCAAACUAUGGUGAAGUUUCCCGAGCAAUGCGAAAUAGAGGAGUUGAGAUAUUUAUGAUGCAGCCAUACUGGUUACUAGAUGAAGGAAGUGGUUACAGUUCUGUACAGAUUGAAUUAAAAGAUGUGGAGAGAUUUCUUAUUCUUUCUGGUAUUCCUGGAGGUAGAUUGGUUGAAUCAAUGGCCAAAUCGCAUGUCUUCGCUAGGAACGAAGGUUCAAGACUUAAUAUCAGCAUUACGUAUCUUGAGCUGUCACAUUGGGUGCAGUUAUUCCAUCAGCUUCUAAUGAAUGGUAAUCAGCCUUUGUGGAGUCUUCAUGUGAGUUGGGAGCAUACAUAUCUUUCUUCUUUUGGUGAAGCUGAAGGGGGAAAUAUAAUAGGCCAUGCUAAAAGCACUUAUUUAUCAGUUAUAGAGUUGUCGGAUUCAUCACUAGCUUUUACUUUGUGUUUGCCUGGAGGAUGGCCAAUGCCAUUGAAAGUAAUGGAUUUUGUAUGGUACUCAAAAGAAACUUGUGUGAAACAAAAUUGCAUGUAUCUGGAGUUCCUGGGGGCUCAGUUUGCAUCAUUUGAAUCAGGAAUUUUUAGUGGCCAUAAAAGUGCUUACUUGAUAAAUGUGAAGAAGUUAGAACAGAAAAUGUUUCCCAAGUCUUCAAAUUCAACUGUUUCAAACUUUGGGAAAACGGAAUUAGCAUUGGCUAAUAAGAUGCUGGAAUUUGCUGCCAACUGGGCCAUUGAACAAGCCACGGAAAAUGAUCUAGAGCUUUAUCUUCUCUGGUUUAACUGGUUUAGUGCUCAAUUGCAACCCUUCUGCCAGUUUUUCAGUUCUUUUCUGAUGUUAAUCAAGCGGGUAAUGGAUCAUCCUGUUUGGAAAUACAUUUCUCAGCGACACUGUGAGGUUGCAUCUCUUCACCAAGUAGAUUUUGGCUUGCUGCCCAUACCAAUGUUGUCAUUAGAAUUAGUUAAUUUAAUGGCAUCAAAGGACAUGGCUGAAUCAUGCAGCUUAUUUUUAAGUAAUGCCAUUAACUGCCUAGGUCCAUUAAGAGUUAGCUGUCAGCAAUGGAAUGCUCAGAGCAGCCAUGAACAUAGUGAUGAAGCUCAGGGUUCUGUAUUGAAAUCUCUGCGAGUAAUUGAAGAGGAAAUUCUUCAUAAGUUUGUUGAUUCAUCAUACAUGUUUAUGGAAUCUCCUUCUUUUGCUGUGCUGAUUCAAUUAUACACUGACCUUCUCGAAGAUCACAUACUUUUCUGGAAUGGUGUUAACUCUGACCCAACUACAUCGUCAAAUGUUGAGCAGUUGCGAAUUUCUUGGCGUUCUUUGAUGAAGGAUGUCACAAAAUUGAAGGAAAAAUUGAGUGAUGUCUGCCCAGAAGCAGCUGAGAUUGUGCUGAGGGAGAGCAAGAAUCUGGAGAAUUUCGCUAAUUUAUUUCAUAAAGAGCAUCAACUUUCAUUACUUUGUGAGAAGUCCUUGCUUUGGAUUCAUGGGGGUCAUCCAUUCUUGCCACCUUCUGCUAAUUUAUUUCAUAAACAACAUCAACUUUCAGUGCUUUGUGAGGUACUUUGGCCAACAAAUUCAAACUCACGGGUGCAAGCAGUGAAUAGAAGUCUGAUUGAGGUUGUUGCAUCAUCAAAUCCCGAACUUCGUUUUCUUGCAAUGCAAGGUAGAAUUUUCAGAUUCUUUUAUGACCAUUUGGCUUGCAUUAACCUUAUUGUGAUUCUACUUAUCUUACUGGAAGGGGCUGUUGCGGGAAAUUCUGGCAAGGUGCAUCUGCUAUGCCGUGAAUAUGAUGUGCGAUGUCUGAAGCUUAGAGUUGCUUCUUGUAACCUCUGGAACAGCUCUAUGACUGGGACAAAAUUUCAUCAUAUUCUUUUGUCUAUGGCUCGUUCUCUUUUCCACCAGCAGGAAAACCUCCAGCAAAUGGUUCCCGUUAUUCUCUCAUCAAGCCAUGGCAGAUUGAAGGAGUCGGUGCAAAAGUACAUUGAACCACUGCUAAAAGAUCUCUAUCUUCACUGUGAAUCUACUGACUUCCACUAUAUUCUUGGUUGUGCAUGGUUACGGAUUGGGGGAUUACGUUUUCAUCUCUUGCUUAGCUCUGAUGAUCUAGAUCCGGCCAUGAAAUACUAUUGGAAGUAUUCACAGUUGGCUGAGAAGAUAGCAUCCCUUAAGCUUGAAAUCCAGGUGCGACAAGAGUGUGGCUACUUAGCAGGACAUUUUUCUACAAGAGAAGAUGAUAAUAGAAGAACACUGGCUUUAGAAAAUCUUGAAGUGGAGCUUAGAAGGGUGCAAAGAAAGAUUGUGUUCCGCUCUGAUCCCGGGAAAUUUAUGAAGUUAAAACAUGAUUGCAAAGAAUUUUUCGAAAAAUGUGAUGGGCUUCUUAAAUGUAUUACACCUUUGGAGGUUAUGGUGAGUAAUAUUGAAGCCAUGGGCUUACCACAGAUUGUUGAUCAAGUGUGCAACUGGCAGGACACAGCAACCUGAUUUGUUGGCCGAUUAUCAGAGGAAUAUGCUGAAUAUGUUGAUGUAGUUCAACCAGUUCAAGUUGCAGUUUAUGAAAUGAAAUUGGGCUCAUCGCUGGUUUUGGCAAGUGUCUUCCAGAAAGAUUUGCUGAGUAUGGUUGAGCUGGACGAUAUGGAUCUCAUUAUGGGAACUAUAUAUUCAUUCAUGAGAUUUCCCCGUGGAUUUCCAUCCAAGUUGAUUUCUGUUAACUUGGGCAGCACACAGCCUCAGCUUCUUUCCUAUGACAUAGAUAUUCCCACAAUCUUUUCUGCUGCUGAUAUGACCUUGCUAGAAAAGUUGGUUACAUUCUCAAAUGGUGUUGCUGUUGAUAAGGUCUCCGUUAUGCAACUUAAAGCGUCUCUUUAUCAAAAUGUUCUUGUCCGUGUUGCACAUCAUGUAGCUAAUGCUCAAUUGAUGGAUAAAGAUUCCUUUAAGCAUCUACAUGUCUCUUUGAACAUAAUUUUGAACUUUGGCGAUGCACUCCUGCAAGAUCUUUUAGCUAUGUAUAGAACGGUUUCUAUGGUGACCCAUGUGCUUGCAAGUGUUUUUGCUUCUUUAUUUUCAAAAGGAUUUGGCAUCUCUGCCGAAGAUCAGGUGGAUGAUGGUACUCUUGAUAGAUCUGAAGACGCAAAUGGAACUGGUAUGGGAGAAGGUGCUGGAAUGAAUGAUGUCAGUGAUCAGAUAACCGAUGAAGAUCAGCUGAUUGGGGCAUUGGAUAAGCCAGGUGAUGAGCAAGAUGCCUCAAAUGAAGUCUCGAAUAAGAAUGAGAAGGGGAUUGAGAUGGAACAGGAUUUUGCAGCCGAUGCACAGAGCGUUAGUGAGGACUCUGCAGAAGAUAACAAUGAUGAUGAUAGUGAGGAUGAGCAGUUAGAGUCUGCAAUGGGGGAAACCGGUGCUAACAGUGAAGCAGUUGAUGAGAAACUUUGGGAUAAGGAUGAAGAUGAACCACCCAGUAAUUCAAAUGAGAAGUAUGAAUCAGGGUCUUCUGUUAGGGAUAGAGAUACAAGCUCUAGGGAGCUUAGGGCCAAGGAAGAUAGUGCUGCUACUACUGAUGAACCUGGAGAGCUUAAUGCUGAUGAACCUGGAGAGCUUAAUUCUGAUGAACUUGACAAACAAGAUGAUGAGAUUGGAAGUGAGGACAAUCUUGCUGACAGAGAGAACAUAGAAGACAUGAAACUGGACAAAGAAGAAGCAUUUGCUGAUCCCACAGGGUUAAAUCCUGAUGAGUCAAAUCAGUGUUCUGAUGAAGAUAUGGACACAGAUGAAAAGGAAGUUGCAGAUUCUGUGGAGGGUGCAGAUCCUGUGGAGAAUGAGGAGUCUGAUGAGAAGGGAAACCACGAGGAAGAAAAUACAAAUGCAACAGAUGAAACUAUGGGAGAGGCAGAGGCAGAACAAGUGGGUGGAAGUCCUGAAAGGGAUGAUCCUGGUAGAAAUCAUGAAGAGAAUGUUGAGAAGAAUUUAACCAAACCAAGUAAUGAUAUGUUCAAGCCAGGAAUUUCUGAUCAUGUGCCCAAUGCAGAAUCUGCAACAUAACCAAAAGGUGACUCUCAGGCACCAGAUUCAAGAAAUAUAGCACCACAAUCAAACUGGUCUAGCGGCAAUGAUGCUCAAAAUGACUUUGCUCCUUUAAAGGGCUUACCUUCCACUAAUACUACUGAAAUGGAUAUUGAGGUGGCUGACUCAUCAAAUAGUGGGAGAUUCACUGACGAUCAACCAAAAAGUCAGUUCCCUCAACAUGAACCUUCAUCUACUCAAAAAACCCAAACUAAUCCUUACCGGAAUGUUGGGGAUGCACUUGAAGAGUGGAAAGAAAGAGUCAAAGUGUCUGUUGAUCUUCAGGCAGACAAUACAGAGUCACAAGGUGAGAUCGAGGAUGCAAAUGAAGAUGAAUAUGGAUUUGUGUCCGAAUUUGAGAAAGGGACAGCACAGGCCUUGGGACCUGCAACAUCUGAGCAGGUUGACAGAAAUGUCAAUGGAAAUAAGCCGGAUGAAGAUGGUCUUACGGGGCAUAGAUAUGACCUUGCUGAUAUGGAGAUUGAGAAGCAAAAUUCUGAAGCACCCCCUCUCAAGAGCUCUGCCUCAAUCCAAAGAAGUAAGAUUGAAGAGCAUAUGCAGCUCACAGAUUUGGAGAAGUCACCUAACGAGGGAUCUGAAGAGGUUCAAAGUCUUGAUGAUGAUAAUCCUGGAAGCCUUUCAGAGAGUUUGGUCUCUGUCAAGAAGUCUUACUUGAGUGAAGGCAUACAUCAAUUCAGCAAACUUUCUGUUGAUGAUGAGCUGGGAAAGGCCCAAGAUCCUGAGGAAGUUUCCAAUGAUGUGAAUAAUAAUGCUACUGCUCUUUGGAGAAGAUAUGAACUACAGACGACAAGGUUAUCCCAGGAAUUGGCGGAACAAUUGCGUCUUGCGUUAGAGCCCACUCUUGCCAGCAAGCUCCAAGGGGAUUAUAAAACUGGUAAGCGUAUUAACAUGAAGAAGGUAAUUCCAUACAUUGCAAGUCAUUACAGGAAAGAUAAGAUAUGGCUGAGGCGGACCCGACCUAACAAACGUGAUUAUCAAGUUGUUAUUGCUGUGGAUGAUUCCCGUAGUUUGUCUGAGAGUUGCUGUGGUGAUGUUGCCAUUGAGGCUCGUACUGUUUGUCGUGCCAUUUCUCAACUGGAAAUGGGAAACUUGGCUGUUACAAGCUUUGGAAAGAAGGGGAACAUUAGGUUACUGCAUGAUUUUGAUCAGUCGUUUACUGGAGAGGCUGGGAUCAAGAUGAUCUCCAGCUUGACAUUCAAACAAGAGAAUACCAUUGCGGAUGAACCGGUGGUUGAUCUGUUGACGUAUUUGAACAACAUGUUGGAUGUAGCUGUGGCAAAGGCACAACUUCCAUCUGGACAGAACCCAUUACAACAGCUUGUCUUGAUCAUUGCAGAUGGUCGGUUCCAUGAGAAGGAAAACUUGAAGCGCUGUGUUAGAGAUGCAUUGAGUCGGAAGCGUAUGGUUGCAUUUCUUCUUCUGGAUAGUCCGCAAGAGUCGAUCAUGGACCUCAUGGAAGCAUCCUUUGAGGGUGGAAGCAUUAAAUUUUCAAAGUAUAUUGAUUCCUUUCCCUUCCCAUAUUACAUUGUGCUAAGGAACAUUGAAGCACUUCCUAGAACCCUUUCUGACUUACUGAGACAGUGGUUUGAGCUUAUGCAGUAUUGGAGGGAAUAAAUUUGUUGGAUUGAAGAGUUCAGUGUGACACAAUUGACUUGUAAAUGUGCAAAGUUUGACGGGCACUAGGUGCGGUAUAAUGUAGUGUUCAAAACCAGAAAAAAAA